AUGUUAAGAUUUUUGCAUUCUAUGCCAUCAGCCUGCCACCUAAACUUACGCUGUUUCCAUCUUACAUGCGCAACGUUCAUAAAGAGAACCAAACUUCCUCCACGACCUAAGUGGACUCCUGAACUUGAGAAUGAGGUUCAAGAGAAGUUUCUGCAUGGUGGCAGUGGUGCUGGAGGCCAGAAAAUCAAUAAAUGUAACAGUAAGGUACAGUUACAACACAUUCCAAGCGGGCUGAUAGUGGAAUGCCAAGAGACCCGGAGCCGGGAACAAAACAGACAUAUUGCCAGAAAGAAGCUUGCACAUAAGAUUGCGAUUUGGAAGAAUGGUGGAAACCCUAUUGAGAGGGAUGUAGCCCUAGUGGAACUUGCUCGGAAGUCUAAGCAGGCAAAGACGCGAAAGAGCAGAGGUAAACAUAGGCAGAUUCAGGAGAACAUAUUGGCAGAAAAGCGGAAGCAGGACGAGGAAGAUAAAAAGUUGAUAAAGCAGCUAUUAUCAGGUGAAUCGGGCGACACUGGUGCUCAUAAUUCGUCGCUAUAA